AUGGGGAUGCCGAUGCCCCCGGGGAUGGGGCCAGGCCAAGGCGGCCGCCGUACGGGGCGCGGCAGGCUUGAUAGGAUAGCUGUCGCGCGGCACCGGAAUCCGGACGGAGGCACGGGAGCGGCGGGGGCCGGGGUGCAAAAUGACAAGAUUCGCGUUGCUCCCCUCGCGGCUCGCGCGAUCGUCUCGUACUCCGCUCUGCUUUUGUCCUCGGUAAAAACCGACAAAAGUGCGCUGGGUGCCCACCACUCCGCUGGCGCUGAGACUGGAACUGGAAAACUACUGGCAACUGGAUGGAAAGGGCCAGCCCAGUGCAGUGCAUUGCAUACCAACCCAUCCGCGAGGUCGUCGGCUCCCUUGGCUCCACGGUCCACUGCGGCUCCUCGGUUCUACACAUAUGAGUGCGCCUCCCUCGGCUCAGAUGCGGAGCAGGAUGUCGCGGCGGCGGCGGCGGCGGCGGCGACGGGGGCUCUUGGCCGCGUCGCACAGCAGCAGGUUGCAGGGUGCAGGGUGCCGGCUGCAAGGAACAUUGAAGAACAGGCACCAUCCUGCAUUGUAUCUUGCAUUGUGCGAAUGGGAAUGAGAACCUCCCUACCAGAGCAGCGAGGCAACCAGAAGAUAGGAUGGUGGAUAUGA